CUGUGGUUAUCGAGUAAGCAAAAACUACCUCGACCGUAAACAGAUUUGCAAGAGUCACUGGCACAGAAAAUUUUCGAUUCCUACACUGAGCGAGGGGCCCAGCCCCCCUGUCUACAGUCUAUUGCCGUUGCUUUCCAUGUUCUGCCCUUAUCAAGUUAUAAUAUGCGUCACUGUGGUGGGCGAACAGAAGAGCAAACAGGAGAGGGACUUGCGUAGCAAUUGAAAUACCCCUCUGGGAAUAAUUAAUUAUACAGACUUACGGGUGGUAUUUCCCGUUGGGGAAGUCCACGCAUGCGUAAAGUAGUAUAUAGGCACUCCGACCACUUCAGUCGACAUUUGACCUCGGAGUGAGUAGGAACAUGUUAGACCAUCUUGAAACAGCUCAGCAGAGAUGCGAACAGCUUCGGCAUGUGGCGCAGAAACUAGCAGACGAGAAGGAAAGUCUUCAGGCGAGAAUGAAAGGUGCCGAGACAUUGGGACUACUUCUUCAUAAAACCCAAACCGAAAAUGCUACCCUCAAGCAAAAAGUUGAAAGGCUAGAGUCAGCGCUAGAAAGACUAGACGACCAAAAUAUGUUAAUUAGAAAGGCAGGCGCAAGUCAAGCUCCUCAAUCUGUCGGUGCGUCACGUCGCGUCGUGGAAGGUUUGGUGAAAGACAACGCCAAGUUACAGCAGGAAGUUCAGCAGCUUCGAGCAGGAGAUACUAGUCCGAAAAAGGAGGAUUGGGUGUUGGUAACUGGUGAACUAAGGAAAGAAAAUGAAGAGCUCAGAACUGAAUUGAACACUGCAAAAACAGCAUUGGAAAGUUUGAGCAGUGGAGACUUUUCUAGUGAUGACUCUACUUCAUCAUCACCUGCUGCUGCUGCUGAAUUAGUUAGACUGAGUAAAAGACUUGCUCAUGCAGAAAGAUUAGUAAAAACAAAAGACGUUCUUAUAGAAGGUUUAACAAAACAAAUAACAGAAAUUCGAGAGGAGCGAAAUAAUCUGGUAAACCAGGUGGCUCAUUUACAGCAAGCUGCAAAGGUCAAGAAAACAAUGGCAAAUGCAGGAGUUGGUCAUGCAGAGGAUGUGGAAUUGGUGAGAAAUUUUGAACACCAAUUAAAGGAGAAGGACAGCGUCAUUGCUGACCUACAGGAGACUCUAAGCAUGGUAACUCGUGAGAAAGAUGAGGCCUUGCAAGUUACCAAUGAUUGGGAUGCUUAUUGCAAAACACAGCAAGCUGAAUUGGUGGCUUUACGUGAAAGAAAUUCACGACUUGAAGGCGAACUAGAAGAAUUUCGUAUCGCGCAAGAUACAAGGAAACGAGAGGUUGACAAAGUUCUUAUGUCAGCGAAGGCCAUUGUUGAUCGUGAAAGGCAGGACAAACAUACAAUUCAGGCUGAAUUGAAGAAAUCCAAGGAGCGGUGUGAUCUUCUAGAAGGCAAAUUUAACAUGUUAGAGCAGCAGUUUCAGGCAGAGUAUGCCAAACGACAGCAGCUUGAGCUGGAAAGUAAGGAUCUAAAGAAUCGGUCUGGCGAUGGUGAUAGAAUACUUGUCUUGGAGCAACAGGUUCAGUUGUAUAAAGAGGAUUUUGAGACUGAACGAGCAGAUCGUGAGCGAUUGCAAUCAGAGAAAGAGACAAUUCGAGAUGAGCUAAGUAGUGCUCAAUUGACAAUCCACAGACAGAGAGAGCAUGUUCGGUCACUUGAGGAGGAGCUUCGAAUAGCCAAAGAAAAAGCUGUUCAGAUGCAGAGAGAGAGACCAACAGUUAGUACCAGCAGAGACAGACAGCCUGCUGGAGUUGUUCCACUUUCAGAUUAUGACAGACGAAUGGCCAUCGAGUACCAGAAAAGAAUUGAAGAUCAAAUCAAAAGACAGAGUGUACGGCAGCGUCCUUGGCCUUCUGCUUCUGGACAAACAGAAUCGGACUUGGUUCCUCGUGGAUUUGUUGACCCUUACACUGUAACUCGUGAUGGUCCAUCUUCAGAUACUGUUGAUACAGAUAACCUUUCAACUGACAGCAACAGCAAAGAAGAAGGCAAAGUCGAUAGUAGCCAUUCAGAUUUUGAGCAACGCUUACCACCAUACUCCAGCAUGACAACAGGAUCUCGACCUGUCACUCAACCAACGUCAGAUGCAGACCUUGAAGCAUCUGUUUCUAUCCUAGGAGGGCAUCAAAUGGUGACAAGACCAUCCCAAUCCUAUUCGUCACUAACAGCACAAACAACUAGCCAGGUGUUGAGUAAUGAUUCUCAACUUGCUGGUCUUGGCAUGCUUUAUUCAAAACCAGAAGACAACCUAAAGAACAGCAUUGCUCCAAGACAGAAAGGUAAAGGCGGUUUACUAGUUUGCCCAAGAUGUGCUGCAUCUUUCUCACCUAAACAAGGCAGAGACUACAUUGAUCAUGUAGACCAGUGUUGUUCACAGCCAUAGCUUAUCCUACUAGCAACAGAAUAUGUUUACCUAUGUUAUGGGAUAAGUGAUAACCGUAAUUGUUUUUUCAAAUUGUUGCUGUUUGUCAUAUGCGUUGCUGAGCUUUGAUCAGAUAGCAAUAGUUUGCUUAUAUAUAUAUUAAUAUAUUGUAUAUCUUGAAUUCUGAA